GAAGUCAGAGAGGCCCCCAAAAGCAGGGAGCAACGAGGGCGGUUAAAGCUUUGGGAUUUGGAGCUCCAUUUUGCAUUUUAAAGACUUCUCGUACUCUUCUCUGACUCGCCCUCUGCCUCACGUGUUCCCCACCAUCCAACCUUUCACUUUCUUCAACACAGUCCAGCUGGGUUUUUUCGCCCUUCUUGCUCUGCGUGAAUUUUUCCAGAGCGUCUCUCUUUCUCCGAGCUAAAAGAUUGCCCUUUCGAGGAUUUUCCAAACCGUGAUAUCCGAGCAAGAGCAAUCAUUCGCGCUUUCAAUGCAUUUGGAUUAGUGUUGCUCGAGUCAUUCGAGGUGUCAUGAUUCAAUGACCAAGAGUUAUGUGCUUGUUGGUUUCUGAUGAAGGGUUCUUGGGAAACAAGAUAAAGUUUGGUAUUGGAUGAUUGGAAGGUGUCAAGGGAGAAUUUUUAUGUAAGAACGAAUAGAAGGGUUUCUGAAUCUCAUCAAGAACUGAGGACUUUAGCACUUUACUCUUUUCAAACAUGGGUUAAUAGUAUUUUAUGUUGCUCGCUGAUAGUGACCAUCAUAUUAAAAAAAAGAGGAUUCUUUUCUUAAUCUUGACAGUGAAAAGGAGUGAUCUUUUUCUCUUCUCUACCUCCCCUAUAAAUUUGGACUGAUUUUGUCUUUCCGUGGGGUUUUUGGCAAAGAAUGUGACGCCUUAAAACUCUAGGGUGAAGGUUUAUCGACAACUUAGGUUCUUUGAAUUCUAUUGGAGAGUGGUGAAGCUGCAUACGGAAGCUAAGUGCUCGAGGUUGGGACAUUUCUUGGAAGCUAAAAGGUGUGUCCUGCUCUUAACCAUGCCGCUGUUUGAGCUCUUCAAGAUGGCCAAAGCUAAGCUUGACUCAAGCCUAGAGAAACCCACAUCUUCUUCAACUGAUCUUUCUUCUGUACCUGCAAAUGAGCUUGUUGAGUUAACAUGGGAACAUGGCCAGGUUGUGCUACAAGGUCAAUCUAGUCGAGCUAAAAGGGGCCCCUUCAGUAAUAAUACACCUUCUAAUGGAUCAAAACCUAGAGAAGGAGCUUCAGAUGAUGAUACCAGACCGAGGCCCGGGAAGUUUAGGAAUCUCGAAUGUGUAUUAAGUGAAUUUCCGGUGACUGAACAGUCUAGUGAAAUUGGUUUGGGACAGGAGGAUGACAUGGUGCCUUGGUUGAGUUUCCCUGUUACUGGAUCUUUACAGAAUGAUUACUGUUCUGAUUUAUUGACUGAGUUGACUGCAGUCGCAGCAAAUGGGACUUCCCCUGGAAAUGAUGACAAAAGUUCUAGUCAGAUAUAUAGGGAGUCCCAUGGCAUUGAUAAUGGCGUUCGUAGUCUGGGACAAACGGAUGCAUCAAAGUUUUCUUCUUCUGCGGCUGGCGAAACUACAAUCAAUAGAACUGGCUCUAAUCAACUAUAUUCCUUGCCGAACCAGCAGUUCUUAUCGCCAUUACCAUGUUUUAGAUCAAGAGCCUUGGAUGAUGUGAGCACAAGUACAAGCAGUAGUGUGUCCCUAGCUGUUUGCGGGGAUAAAGCUGGGUUGCCAACCUCUGUGGUAGCAUGUUCUACUGUAAAGGUGCAGAGGCAGCAGGAUUUAGGGCAUUCAGAUAAGAGUUCCUGUUUUACGAAUUUCUCCUGUUUUUCACGACCUCCUUCUAUUUCUAGAGUUAAUAAUGCUGAGAGCAGUGGUCAAACGGCUGGUUUUGGUUUGUCGGGUGUGGAUAGAUUAGUCAGUAAGGAAAAGGCUUCAUUUAACGAUAAUAGCACCCUUAGUGGAUCAAAUUUUGCUGUCUCAAGUGAUGGUGUGCAGAAACAGAGAAAGAUUGAUUCCUCAAAACCAUUUGAUGGAAAGCAAUAUGAGCAUAAGUUUUCUGGUGGGCAAUCAGAGGCUAUCUGCCAGGAGAACACUUGUAAGAAUGCUAAGCAUUCUUGUCAAAAUUAUCAAGCAAGUGUUUGUAAAGGAUCAACUGAGCGUGAAAAGACCACAGAGCAUGUGGGUGGUUCUUCUUCAGUUUGCUCAGGCAACAGCGUGGAAAGAGUUUUAGAUGACCCCAAAAGCAAUUUGAAGAGGAAAUCUCUUGAGACUGAUGAGUCUGACGGUCCCAGUGAGGAUGUUGAAGAAGAUCCGACGCAUGAAAAGAAGCAAAACUCUGCUCAAGGUACUUCAAAAAGGAGCCGAGCAGCAGAAGUGCAUAAUUUAUCUGAAAGGAGGCGAAGGGACAGGAUAAAUGAGAAAAUGCGCGCACUACAGGAGCUAAUCCCAAAUUGCAACAAGGUGGACAAAGCUUCGAUGCUUGAUGAGGCGAUCGAGUAUCUCAAGACGCUUCAGCUUCAAGUGCAGCAGAUGAUCUCGAUGGGAGCUGGUCUGUACAUACCACCUAUGAUGGUACCCACUGGAAUGCAUCCAGCACAGAUGCCGCAUUUCCCACCCUUUGGCAUUGGAAUGGGUUCAGCAAUUGGAUUUGGGAUGGGUAUGGUUGACAUGAGCGGCCGUUCUUCUGGUCGACCAGUGGUUCCAGUUCCUCCAAUGCAAGGUCCACAUUUUCCUAGCCCACUGAUCUCAGCAGGGAUGGCAGGAGUAAACCUCCAGAUGUUUAAUUUUCCUGGUCAAGGAACUCCUCUACCGAGGCCAUGCGCACCACUAGUUCCUUUUCCUGGGGGUCCAGUGAUGAAACCAGCAGUGGGACUCGGUGUCUAUGGAAUGCCAACUUCUACGGAAAAUUCAGAUUCAGCUGUUGCCUCGAGAUCAAAGGAAGCAAUGCAGAGCAUUGACCAGGAACCUCUGCAAAAUACUGCUUCCAUUUGCUUGAAGAAUCAGUCAUCCAAUCAGCAGUCUGCUGUGGGACAAAGUAGUUGUCAAACCUCGGAUCUUAAUGGAAGCAUGGCUAUCGAGUCCACUGGAAAUGAUGGAUCCAGCAAACAAAUUGCGGAUCCUGAUUUGUGAUUAGCAUAAAUUUGGCUAGAGUGGAAUCUGACAGGCCACAGAUGCUGCUGCUUCCCUGCCUUCUCUGCGAAUAUAGUUUGAGGCACCGAGUUCUUUGAAUGGAGGAGGUUGAAGGUUAUAAGAAGAUUUUGAACAAGAUUACCUUUUCCACAGUUUUGGCAUCCUUGGAAUGGUCUCUUCCACGGUAUGUACUAUGUAUACUCAAUAAACCUCGGUACUUGAAAGAAAUAGUAACAGAGGUGAAUCGGUGAUCCCGUGUAUAGUUUGUUUUUGGUGAAUAGGCCCUGGAAUGUGUUCGUGUUUCUUUUCUAGAUUUUAUCAUCCAGAAAAGCAUCACCAUAAGGGUGUUCCAUUUCAGAAAUCUUGUUGAGCAUUUGAUAACUGAAUUCUGCAUGCCUAAGCUCUGGUCUAAUUAUACUCCAAUGCAAAGUUCUA